AAAUAAAAAUAAACAUUUGAGUUCAUUUGAUCUGUUGUGCGUGUGUCUGUAUUCAUGCUGUAAUAUGGCAGAAGCCGGAGUUUCUGAGGAUGAGUUCAUGUGUCUAAUGUGUCUGGAUCUCAUAAAGGAUCCAGUGGGGAUUCCCUGUGGACACAGUUACUGUAAGAGCUGUAUCACAGGCUGCUGGGAUCAGGAGGAUGAGGACAGAGUCUACAGCUGCCCUCGGUACAGACAGACCUUCAGUCCAAGACCUGCUUUAGCUAAGAACACAAUGCUGGCAGAAGUGGUGGAGAAACUGAAGAAGACUAAACUUCCAGCUGACUGUUACACUGAAGCUGGAGAUAUGCAGUCUUACAUCUGUACACUGCAAGCUGACAAUUCUUGUUUGGUGUGUCAGGAAUCUUACUGUGAAACUCACUUUGACCGUCACAAGCAGUUUCACUCUCAUAAGUCACUCAAAGAGAUUGAUGCCACUGGACAACUGAAGGACAUGGACUUCUGUAAACAUCAUAAUCGGCUGGGAAUGACCUGUAUCACUGACCAACAAUGCAUUUGUCUGCUGUGUAUGGAGGAUGAACAUAACAACCACAAAACUGUGUCAAGUGCAGCUCAGGGGACAGAGAAACAGAAACAGUUGAAGGAGAGACAGAUGAAGUUCCAGCGGAGAAUCCAGCAGAGACAGAAAGAUCUUCAGCAGCUCAGAGACACCGUGGCCUUUCAUAAGCGCUCCGCACAGACAGCAGUGGAGGACAGUGAGAGGAUCUAUACUGAGCUCAUCUGCUCCAUAGAGAGAAGUCGCUCUGAGGUCAGACAGAAGAUCAGAGAUCAGGAGAAAGCUGUAGUGAGUCAAGCAGAAGAACUCAUAAAGAGACUGGAGCAGGAGAUUGAUGAGCUGAGGAGGAGAGACGCUGAGCUAGAUCAGGUCUCACGCAAUUCCAACCAUUUCCUGCAGAGUUUCCCGUCCCUUUUAACAGCUCCUGAAUCUACUGACAUGAAUGACAAUCCCUUCAGUUCUCUCGUCCCUCUUGAUGCAGUGAAAGAAUCUAUCCAUCAGCUGAGAGACAAACUGGAGGAUUUCUUAAAAGAAGAGAUCAAGAAGAUCUGUGUCAGAGUCCCAUUAACCAACAUCAAUUCCAAGACCAGGAAUGACUUCCUACAAUAUUCCCAUCCGUUCACUCUGGAUCUAAACACAGUGAAUGAAAACCUCGGUCUGUCUGAGAGGAACAGAGUGAUUAUGAACACUGGCACAGAUCAUCUGUAUCCUGAUCAUCCAGACAGAUUUGAUUAUUGGGAUCAGGUGUUGUGUAGAGAGAGUGUGUGUGGACGCUGUUACUGGGAGAUUGAGUGGAGUGGAGAUGAUGGUGUGUUCAUAUCAGUGUCAUAUAAGAGCAUCAGUAGGAAAGGAGAUUCUGUUGAGCUAUUGUUUGGACACAAUGAUCAGUCCUGGAGUUUGUUCUGCUCUCCCUCAAAAUACUUAUUCUGGCACAAUAACAAACGCACUAAUCUCACAUUAGAGUCCACCAGCUCUAGAAUAGGAGUGUAUGUGGAUCACAGUGCAGGAACUCUGUUCUUCUACGAUGUCUCUGACACAAUGAGCCUCAUCCACGCGGUCCAGACCACAUUCACUCAGCCGCUCUGUCCUGGGUUUUAUGUUGAACAUGGAUCAUCAGUGAAACUGUGUUGAUGAAUCAGAAUAAAUGCUAAAUGCCUCAUGUAACGAAGUCUAGUCCUGCCUGGCUUCUCAGGAAUCUUACUGUCAAACUCACUUUGACUGUCACAAGGAGUUUCACACUCGUAAGGUGA